CGCCCGGCACGGCACUGGAGUACCGGACAGAGCUAGCUCGUCCGCAACAGCGUGUUCGUCUGGCAGCGAGUUGGGCCACUCACCAAGGGAACCACGAGCCACGUUCACCUGAACGUACGUCGACGCAAGCGUGUACCUAUUCAUAAACGCACGUCGGAGAUUUUCAAACACGUCGCGAGCAGCAUCGAACGGGGUCGAAAUCGCGAGUUGCCGGCGAAGGACAGCUUCCCGCGCUACGAGUCCGACUCGAUUUUCACCUGUUAACCGCAGCUCACUUCUUCCAUAGGCCUGUGCUCAGGAGAACUUCCGCACAAAUGAUGAAAGGUCGCCAUCAAUUUCGUCGCCGUUUCAGUCUACAGCCGUCGUCGCUGAAGGAGGGCCAGGAAGACGGAACGACGAAAAACGCUAGGAAUGAGAGGCUAUCGGAAUCGGACAGUGGCGGCGGAAAACAGGAGAAUAACAUACGGCACAAGAUAGUGGUGAUGGGCGCCGCGAAGGUUGGGAAAUCGGCGAUAAUCAACCAGUUUCUUUACAACACAUUCACCCCAAAGUACAAACGGACGGUGGAGGAGAUGCAUCACGGCGAUUUCAACGUGGCUGGUAUACAUUUAACAUUCGACAUUCUGGACACAUCGGGCUCGUACGAGUUUCCGGCCAUGAGAGACCUCUCCAUCAAGUCAGCGGACGCGUUCAUUCUCGUUUACGACGUUCACGACGCCAGCACGUUCCUCGAGGUGAAAACUCUUCGCGCGCAGAUACUUAGCACGAAGGGCACCGUGCCCAUCGUUGUUGUCGGCAAUAAAGUCGAUGUGAUUGACAAGGAAUACGAGGUGGAUAGUGAGAGCACAAGGGAGAUGGUAACAAUGAAAUGGGAAAAUGGCUUCGUAGAGGCGUCGGCGAAGGAAAACUUGAACGUCUCUCAAAUAUUCAAGGAACUGUUAAUCCAAGCGAAACUGAAGUAUAAUCUGAGCCCGGCGCUGAGAAGACGUCGCCGGCAGUCAUUACCGCCGCCUCAGCAUAUGAAUUCCCGCAGCAGCAGCGCUCACGUGCCGUCACCGGCGCAGCUUCAGCAUCUGCAGCAGAUCCGCGAGCGUUCCGAGUCCAAAAGGAAUUCGUGCAUCCUUUCGUAAAGAGAUGAAGACCCGUUCCCAAAUGAGAAUGAGCAAACGGGGGACGAAUAAUGCGACGUUACCGCCAUGAUGCCGUUCCCCGAGAAUCGACAUUCGACGGUUCGAUCGCAAUGGAAGAAAAUAUGCGAAGGCUAGCUUUAGCUUAAAGCGAAGGACGCGGUAAUUUUGUUCUCCGAGAAUUCGUUAGGUUUUGGGGUGGCAUCAUUUCAUGAACUGCGUACCGUCUUAAGUUACGAGAAAACCCUGACCGGUAGGGCGUCUCUGCUCGAGCCUGACUCGAUGGUUAUUGGGCCGUUCGGGUUUUCAUAGAUCGAACAAUUCUUCUCUGAGACUAAUCGCACAAGUGGCGAACGACUAUUCGAUGUUUAUUGUUCGAAAAUUCGAUGUGCAUAGCGCGAGUCAGAGUAUUUGAUGUGUCUCUAUUUUGUCUCCGAUUAACAACGCUGUUACGAAAUUAGUCGUUCCUAGAUAGAAAAAGAACCAGCUACGAUACAAUGGAACACUUUUAUGAUUGCGACUGUAUCUAUUCUAUGACCCUAUCUAUUAUUACAUUUUCUUCAAUCGUUAAUCCUUAAUAUCUAGACUGCGGAUUUUAUGCAUAUUACAAAAAAUGCUUAUAAUAUAAUAUUCAAGGAGAACAAAAAUGAAAUGCGUGUUAAUUAUAUCUAAAUCUCUAUCGAGACUUCAUUUUCUACGUUCUGCAGAAAAAUCCGCAGUUUACUAAUAUCUUAUUCAAUUUUAUCCAACUGACGAAUUGAUAAAUAAUAAAUGGAACCAAACGGUAUAAUCGCCGUGAUUCUAAUUGUCCCGAAUUAUCGAAACGCAGAAUCCCACCUUUACCAAUGUAUCCUAUUCCAGGGUUGUCUCCCACUGCCCACUCUAUCUACUUACCCCACUUACGAACACGUAAAAGAAAGAUUUUAUAAAAUUUAUUGGCUAGUCGAUUCAAUUUCCAUCGAGCACUCGCCUACGCAAUUCUUUAUACCUAUCGCAUUGAGCGCAUGAUUUGCUGACCAAAAGGAGAAGUUACCUCGACUAAUUAGGAGCUGAAGACUUACAGCGUGCUCUCGUUAUUUAUAACAACUGCUCUAUUUUUAACGAGGGAAAGUAUUGCAAGAACUUUCCUAUAGACGCUGUGGAAUAUCGAAUUAUUUGUCAAUUACGAGUAACUGUGAACCUGUUGUACACGAUUGCCUUCGCACGAUUAUCUGACUUCGAGUGCAAUAAGGUUCCGACGUAGGUGAGACACGUGAAUAGUCACGUACAAAUAUUCCAUUCGAUUGCAGCUAGCUUUUUAAGUAGUAUACUCGGUGAUAAAAUUAUUGUAUGUUGACAUCCUUCGUCGAGACGUAAAAAACCGCGUUUAUGAAUUCGAAAUACGUACGAUGUUGAUUUUAAAAUGAAAAUAAUGUAUUACUUCGCGUUAUCGAGUUACAAAUGGUUUAUCGUCUGAGAAAGGAACGUCACGUUUUCGAGUAUAUAGAUUAUCCAUGAAAAUAAAAAUAUAAAUAAAUAAAUAAAUAAAUAUAUACUUCGUUAGUAUAAAUGUAGAGAGUCUAUGUAAAUAACAGAGCAUUGUGAUGUGGAUAUCUCGUUGUAUCGAAACCCACAUUGGGUAUAAUUUUACAUAAUUAUAUAAAUACAUAAUUAAGCAGCCACGGGUCAGCUAUGUGAUUAACCGCGUUAAAACGAUUAUGAUGUAUCGCGCGUUACGGUAUAUCGUUGUGAAAACGCCGCAGCUCGAAAUCAAAGCUAUCAUUGGGAAGUCCUCUCGCUGAUAUCGUGCGUUUAUUUUGGGAAAAUGAUUUUUGCAAACCGCAUGUAGACUCCCUGUUACUUAUUGUUAGAUUAAUGUUUAAUUAGGUGAGGAUCUGAUUUAACUGAGCGAACGACGAACUACGGGAAUCUUAUGAAAUUGCUGCGAUUUAUAUGUAUUUAAUUUUCGGUCACGCCACACUUAUAUUUCUAGCGUAGCUCUGGAACAGAUUCAUGUAUGGUGGCAGAUUACUUAAGUAGUUUAAGCCCUUGACUUUGUAUCAUUGCAUUACCAGAAAUUAAAUAAAAUUAAUGGAUGUCAUAUUCAACUUCCACAAUACAUAUAA